AUGAAUCAGACCCCGACGACUGGCUCACUUCACAUAUCGUUCCUUCCCAACGACGACACUGGUGCACCUGACAUCGGGGCUGGACACGAGUCGGGAGCGAGCGAGGAGUCUCGAAGACACGACACUCUCGAUGAGAUCACAGUUACUGAGUUUGAUCAGAGUAUUGUUUCGGCACCCUAUCUCACUGUUGACGUAUGGCACCAACUCUUUGACCUCUAUCAAUUGCACUUCGCCACCGAACUCUCGUUUCUGCAUCUCCCAACUCUCAAGGGCAUCAUUCACGACAAAGACAACGAGCAGCCGUCAAACGAAUCGAAUCUGACCCUAUUGGGCAUUCUGGCUCUCACUGCAAGAUUUCAUCCGGACUUGAUCGAACAUGUCGCACUCAUUACACACCACAAGAUCGCGGGCCCAAGGUUUUGCGGUGCUCUACCCAGGCUGCAGCCAUCAGUAGCAUCAGAGUACUUCGCAAAUGCUCUUACAAAGGCACUGGGAGAAGUAGAAUCAGCCAUAACAUCGGCUACUGUCGUUCGAGUCCAAGCUUUUCUCAUGCUUGGCUUGUAUAAAUGGAGUCGGCCGAAUGGCGGCCUGGCUGCAUGGAUGUACGUUGAUCUCGCCACGCGGAUGGCUCAAAUUAUGAAACUCGGAUCUGCACAAGUGCCCUCGCGUUGUUGGCAAGACCAGGAGUCGAGGCGCCGCACUAUGUUCAGUUGCUCCAUCCUCUGUCAGCUUGAGCUGCCGUGCAGUGACGAAGCCUUCAACUUGGGUGGCGGCAUUCUCAUUCGAACACCGCGGCCUGUGGGACAAGGAAUCGAGGAAGAAUUCGAAGAUAGCGUUCUCGGCCGAUUCGUCGACCUGAUUAAAAUCUGGGGCGACAUCUCCAGAUACAGCCUUUUGGGCGGACGCGAUACUGAAAAGGAAGAAGACACCUUCUACAUAGGACUUCCGGAAUGCUUCACAUGGUCCACCUCGAACUUCUGGAGACACUCUAACAGCAUAUACGUGUCAUUUCAUAUGCUGGCUGCUCUCUGCAGAAUCGUGCUGCAUCGCGAAUAUAUACCCUUUAUCGCCAUCGACUGCGCCAGGCCGAUGGGCCCGAUGGCGGAGCUCGGAUUUGACCCCGGCGCUGCUCCCGAUGGCCAUUGGAAGCGAAGCGCAGAGCAGAUCUUCAAGGCUAGUAGGGAAAUCAUCGACCUUAUCACGUUAUGUCGGGACAGACUGCCCUAUUCGUCGUUGGUCUUAUUCGCCAUCAGGCAAGCAGCCUUUGUCGAGAUAUACGCAGCGCACUAUCCCCAUAUGGAUACUCAGAAUCACAUGUUCAGUGAGCAGGAAAUCGGAAGGCGGAAUUCGAGACCGAUGUCCGACAACUGGCAGCCGACCACCACUACUUACCAGGCAUUGACAAAGGCUACACCUUACUUCAGCCUGGCGUCCAAUUAUGUCAUAUACCUGAAAAGCAUAGAUCAGUGUCUCACUCGAAUCAACUCCGACUAUAGAGAUGGAGGUUCUAGGCAGAGUAGAGAUGAUCCUUUGGGCAUUCGACGAGAUGGGCGUGGCGGCGAUUGGGACGGGCGAGGGGAUCCCCGGCCAAUUCACCAGCAAGCCGGCUCCCAUGACUCCUCGACUCAUGGCUUUUCACCGACAGUCGGCUCACCACAAAACGAAGUGGAAAUGGCUAGCAAGAACGCAAACGAAUUGAAGCCUGACGUCUAUGUGCGAUACCAACAGGGCCGGCGGUUGAGCAUUAUGUUCGAUGACAUUUUUGAGUUUGCUACCGGAGGCAAAGGCUGCACGCCGAACUUGGGAUCGCGGAACACAUUCAAUCCCCCAUUCUGUUGGGGCAGUGAUCCGUAUCCAAGACUGUCAUCCAAUAAAUCGCAGCCUUAUGAGAGGCUCGGCACGGAUGACAAGCACGGCGACUACACAGGCGUCCCCCUCGAACUACCAUCUAUUGCCGAAGCGAAGCACCCUUCUGGAUUUGUCGAUCCUAGCGAUCAAUUCUACGAUGUGAUCGAGUCGAGCCCGUCCCGCUCAACUUGA